AUGGUUGAUUCUAAUACCACAACACAGAACAUUCCUAUGACUACAAAAACUAUUUCAAAAGUUACAAAAGCUGCACAAACAAUAUUAAAUGAACAUUACGUACGUCGGAUAGCAAUUAAUCAAUCUUUUGUUCUUGGUUCUAUUUAUGAUGCGAGAAAUGAUCAUAUAGUAAGCAAAUUAUCAUUGACUGUAACUCAAAAAGUUAAAAAAGCAAUAAAAACACCUGCAACUUGUAAUAUAAUGAAAGGUGAUGAGAUCGAUAUUGAUAAUCUACUCCGUAACAUUGGAAUCCAUGAAGAACUAUGGUUGAGUUUCAUGUUGAAAAUUGUACCUGCAGACGGCAUUAUUUCAUUGGUGAAUUAUUCUUUUUCUAGAAAUAGAAAUAUUCGAUAUCUUUAUUAUAAUUGUACAAGUCAAGAAGAAUCAAUACCUAAUCAACAAUCUCUAGUUAUGAUAAAUACUCCGAAAGAAAUAUCUGAUAUUGCCGCAACUCAUAUUGUUACGACAAUAAAGUCAGGAAUCCAAGCUUUGGUCGUAUUAGAACUGAUUGAUGUUGAAAAAACAAAUCUUGACAAAUUAUUGGAAGAAAUAAGUAAAAAAUUAAUUGAAAACAAAUUCGAUCUAAACAAAGAUGAAGAAAAUUUAUUCAAUCAAAUCAUUUUGAAAAAAAUUUUUUCCAAUAUACCUAAUCUAAUACAAAUAAAAACAUUAGCUGAUUUUUGUCAAACACUAAUUAAACUAAAACCGCAGUUAGAUCGUCAUCUAAAAUUGGAAUAUACUUUGACUGCAAUCAAAUGCUUCUAUCCAAAUUAUCCAAAAGAAAAAGCUACUUUUAUUCCACUGGAAUUAAAAACAAUUAAAAAUAUUAAACAACAUUUAAAUCAAUUAUUAACUAAAAGUCAACAAUUAAUAAUGAUACCUGUUUCAGAUAUAGAAAAACCAUCGAAUGAAAAUGUUAAUCAAGGAUUUGAUCAAGUUCAACAACAAAUUAAAGAAAUAAAAGAGAUAUAUCCAGAUGAAAUUAAGCGACUUUGUGAUCUCAUUUCAAGAAUUCACAAUGGAACGCUACAACAAAACAAAAUAAAUGAAUUACUUACUGAUGCACGAAAGCAGAUAUUGCAAGAGUCUAUUAUGUCUUCCAAUGAAACAAAAGAACCAAUCAAUCAUGAUUCUGGUCAAGAAGGUAAAGACAAUUUGAAUUCGGACGAACUUCCUACUAAUAAUAUCGACGAUCCUACCAUUAAUUUGCAGAAGUUAAUGAGAAAAGAUGGUCAAAAAGUAAAUCCCUGUCUUAAAAAAGACACAACAAACAUAAAUUCGAUCGAAUGCAAUCAUUUAGAAGAGAAUAAAAUUAGUAACACAUCAGAGUGCAGCCAUAUUGACAUUUCAAAGUGUCCAAUGAAUCUUCUAGGAGAGAAAAUGUUGUCAUCAAAGCCUUCAGAUCAUGCCGAAGAUAUGUCAGAAUCAUCCAAGUUAAUAACAUCAUUAACUCCAGAAGUUGUAUCAUCAUUAAAUGAACCAUCUGAAACCAUCAGCCAAUCAUCGAAUCCGCAAACAAAAAAUGAUACAUACUUAAUAGAAGAGCAACAUUCUGAUAUACAACUAGAAUCUCCUCAACAAACAGAAGAACAAUUUAAAGACUCAGUCUAUCAACUAAAUUCAUCAUCAUCUAAACAAACAAACAAUACAGAACAAAAUAAUAACAUAUCAAAACCAUCGAUAGUACAAAUUCCGAGAGAUACAUCCCAAGCAAAGGAAUUAUCCACAAGCAUCGAAAAAACAUUUUCUUCAUCGAACUCACAUCAGUCUUCGACUAUAGAAGUUAUAGUGCCAUUAAAUAAUCCAACAAACAAUGCAGCUAAACAGUCUAAAUCAUCAACGUUGCCUGCACUUCCGACUUCAGCAGUUGACCCACGAAAAGAAAAGAAGUUUAUAAAUAUUGAACAAUCGCCUAAUGAUUUGAAAUUACCAAAGCUAUCAACAAAAGGAAGUACAUCUUCAUCCAACGAAUCACCAAACCACGGUGAAACGCGAAUCCACUCAUCCACAUCAUCAAAUUUAAAAGAUACAUAUGCAAUGAAACAAGAUUGCUCUGAUUCCGCCUAUUCAAUGACCAACAACUAUACCAAUGUUCUUCUUCUAGGCGAAUCUGGUGUUGGCAAAUCAACUUUCAUCAAUGCACUUGUUAACUACAUCAAAUUUGAAACUUUUGAAAAAGCUCGUUCAAGCGAACCUGUAAUGGCUAUGCCUGUUUCAUUUAUGAUGACAGUUGGUCAUCAUUUUCAAGAAACGAUUGUUAGAUUUGGUGAUGAAGAUUCCAAUGAAGAUCAUUAUCAUCCAGGACAAUCAGUAACUCAACAUUGUAGAUCAUAUGUAUUUCCAAUCGAUACUCGAACGAAAAUAAGAUUUAUUGACACACCUGGAAUGGGAGAUACACGUGGUCUUCAUCAAGAUGAUCUCAAUAUACAACAUAUUCUUUCGUUUAUUAAUAAUCUUUCACAUUUAAAUGCCAUCUGUAUUCUUCUCAAACCUAAUGAAUCAAGAUUGAAUAUCGUUCUUCGUUCAUAUUUUCAUCGUUUGUUAAACUUUCUUGGUGAAAAAGCUCGUCACAAUAUUAUAUUUUGUUUCACAAAUACUCGAGCGACUUUCUUUGCACCUGGUAAUACUGGUCCUUUAUUGAAAAACAUGAUUUCAUCAUCUGCAAUCAAAGGUAUUCCUUUCGAGAAAUCAAACACUUUUUGUUUCGAUAGUGAAUCAUUUCGUUAUUUAAUUGCUCUACGAAAUGGAAUUGAAUUCGAUAAAUAUCAAGAAAAUGAAUAUCAACGGAGUUGGACGAGCUCGGUUACUGAAUCAAAUCGUCUUCUUCAAUAUUUUUAUGGCGCAAUACUCAAGCCUUUUCCUCAAAAUGAAUGGCGAUCAGUUGAGCAUGCUCAAUUUAGAAUAAGCCAUAUGAUUCGUCCUAUGCAAAAACGUUUUGCUCUACCAUUUCCGGACAUGAAUAGAUUUUUAUCAACAAGUCAAAAAUCUCAUCGUCAUCAUCAUCAUACUAAUACUAAGAGUGGAACAGAAUUAGAAACAAAAAAAUAUGAUUUUCAGGCUUACUUAUGCAGUAUUCUCAAAGAUUCAGAAGAAAUGUCAAAUUUUAUUAGUAUAUUUGUUGAAGAACAUGGACAAACACCGGCUUUUAAUUUAUUUGAAUCAUGCGAAAAAGUAGCAAAACGAGAUGAUAAAUCAGCUCUUCGACUCAACGAACUUUCACAAGUUUGUUCAUCACGAGUUGAUAAACAAUGGAAAAGUUCAAUUGAAAGACCCAUAACAAUUGAUUUCAUGAAUCAAAUGCUUGCAGCUCGAAAGGUGAAAUCGAAUCCAUAUUCGACUGAAAUAAAUCCCUAUUUAGUGUAA